AUGGAAGGUGGCGACGUGGUAGGUUUGGAGCGGGCUGGGGGGAAGACCGAGGUGAUGGUGACCGAGGGCGUGACCACAGUGGCCUACACAUUGGAUGAGGGCCUGAUUGAGUUUGGAACAGCCAUCGAUGACGGCAACUACACCAGGGCAACAGCCUUCCUGGAGACACUGGAAAUGACGCCCGAGACAGAGGCCAUGUGGAAGACCUUGAGCAAGCUGGCGCUCGAGGCUAAGCAGCUCCACAUCGCUGAGAGGUGCUUUUCUGCUUUGGGCCACGUCGCAAAAGCUCGAUUCCUGCACGAGACCAAUGAGAUUGCAGAUCAAGUGUCUCGGGAAUAUGGUGGAGAAGGAACCGACUUCUAUCAGGUCCGAGCACGGCUAGCCAUGCUGGAGAAGAACUACAAACUGGCUGAAAUGAUCUUCUUGGAGCAGAAUGCUGUCGAGGAGGCCAUGGACAUGUACCAGGAGCUGCACCGUUGGGAUGAGUGUAUUGCUGUGGCUGAGGCCAAGGGUCACCCAGCCAUGGAGAAGCUGCGCCGGAGUUACUACCAGUGGCUGAUGGACACCCAGCAGGAGGAGCGAGCCGGUGAGCUGCAGGAGAGCCAAGGGGAUGGGCUCGCAGCCAUCAGCCUCUACCUCAAAGCUGGCCUCCCAGCCAAAGCUGCUCGGCUGGUGCUGACCCGAGAGGAACUGCUAGCCAACACAGAGCUGGUGGAGCACAUCACCACCGCCCUCAUCAAGGGGGAGCUCUACGAAAGGGCCGGUGACCUCUUUGAGAAGAUUCGAAAUCCCCAGAGGGCCCUUGAGUGCUACUGUAAAGGCAACGCUUUCAUGAAAGCUGUGGAACUGGCUCGGUUGGCAUUCCCAGUGGAGGUGGUGAAACUGGAGGAGGCCUGGGGGGACCACCUGGUGCAGCAGAAGCAGCUCGAUGCAGCCAUCAAUCACUUCAUCGAAGCCCGGUGCUCCGUUAAGGCGAUUGAGGCCGCCUUGGGUGCCCGCCAGUGGAAGAAGGCGAUUUAUAUCUUAGACCUGCAGGACCGGAACAUUGCGUCCAAAUACUACCCUCGUGUGGCCCAGCACUAUGCGUCUCUACAGGAGUACGAGAUAGCUGAGGAACUCUACACCAAGGGAGAGCGGACAAAAGAUGCCAUCGACAUGUACACCCAGGCCGGCCGCUGGGAGCAAGCCCACAAGCUGGCGAUGAAGUGCAUGAGGCCUGAAGAUGUGUCCGUGCUGUACAUCACCCAGGCUCAGGAGCUGGAGAGGCAGGGCAAGUACCGCGAGGCGGAAAGGCUCUACGUGACAGUGGAAGAAGCUGACCUUGCCAUUACCAUGUUCAAAAAGCACAAACUCUACGAUGACAUGAUCCGCCUGGUGGGGAAGCACCACCCCGAUCUACUCAGCGACACCCACCUACAUCUGGGCAAGGAGCUGGAGGCUGAAGGCCGGCUACAGGAGGCCGAGUAUCACUACCUUGAGGCCCAGGAAUGGAAGGCAACAGUGAACAUGUAUCGGUCCAAUGGGCUGUGGGAAGAGGCCUACCGGGUGGCCAAGACUUACGGAGGAGCAAAUGCCCACAAGCACGUGGCUUAUCUGUGGGCCAAGAGCCUGGGAGGAGAGGCUGCUGUGAGACUGCUGAACAAGCUGGGGCUCCUGGAAGCUGCUAUUGACCACGCUGCAGACAACUGGAGGCACGGAGACAGAGCACCUGCGUGGCGGUGGGAAAUGGCCACACCUUCCUCUGCUCUUCUGACCACCCGGGAUUCCGAGCAGGAGGCCGGACUGUGGAGCGAUGCUCUGCGGAUCUGCAAGGACUACAUGCCUGGCCAGCUGGAGGCUCUCCAGGAAGAAUAUGAACGGGAAGCUACCAAGAAAGGGGCCAGGGGUAUGGAGGGCUUUGUAGAACAAGCUCAGCAGUGGGAGCAGGCUGGAGAGUACAGCCGUGCAGUCGACUGUUACCUCAAGGUGCGGGACGCAGGAAGCAGCAGUCUUGUGGAGAAAUGCUGGAUGAAGGCAGCUGAACUCUCCAUCAAGUUUCUGCCUCCCCAGCGCAGUCUGGAAGUCAUUCGGGCUGUAGGACCCCAGCUGAUUGGAAUUGGAAAGCACAAUGCGGCUGCAGAGCUCUAUCUGAACCUGGACUUAGUCAAGGAAGCAAUCGAUGCCUUCAUCGAGGGUGAGGAGUGGAACAAGGCCAAGCGCGUGGCUAAGGAGCUUGAUCCCCGGUACGAAGACUACGUGGACCAGCAUUACAAAGAGUUCCUGAAGAAUCAGGGCAAAGUGGACUCGCUGGUGGGCGUGGAUGUGGUGGCUGCUCUGGACCUGUAUGUGGAGCAGGGACAGUGGGACAAGUGCAUUGAAACGGCGACCAAGCAGAACUACAAGAUUCUGCACAAAUACGUGGCUUUGUAUGCGACCCACCUGAUCCGCGAGGGCGGCUAUGCCCAAGCACUGGCUCUCUAUGUGCAACAUGGCGCCCCUGCUAACCCACAGAACUUCAACAUCUACAAAAGGAUCUUCACUGACAUGGUGAGCUCACCUGGGACCAACAGCGCCGAGGCCUACCAUAGCUGGGCCGAUCUUCGGGAUGUCUUCUUCAACCUGUGUGAAAACCUGAGGAAGUCCAGUGAGGCCGACUCCCCAGCCCACGAGGAGUUUGAGAGCAUGCUGCUGAUUGCUCAUUACUACGCCACGCGCUCAGCAGCCCAGAGCGUCAAACAACUGGAAACGGUGGCUGCUAGGCUUUCUGUUUCACUCUUACGUCACACCCAGCUACUACCUGCAGACAAGGCCUUCUAUGAAGCUGGCACUGCCGCCAAGGCAGUGGGCUGGGAGAACAUGGCCUUCAUCUUCCUCAAUCGUUUUUUGGACCUGACUGAUGCGAUUGAAGAGGGGACUCUGGACGCCCUUGACCACUCGGACUUUCAAGAUACAGACAUUCCUUUUGAAGUGCCGCUCCCAGCCAAGCAGCAUGUGCCGGAGGCUCAGAGAGAAGAGGUCCGUGACUGGGUGCUCACAGUCUCCAUGGACCAGCGACUAGAACAAGUUCUUCCUAGGGAUGAGCGAGGUGCCUAUGAGGCAUCCCUGGUGGCAGCAAGCACUGGAGUUCGGGCACUGCCCUGCCUCAUUACAGGAUAUCCCAUUCUGAGGAACAAAAUUGAAUUCCGGCGGCCAGGGAAGGCAGCUAACAAAGACAACUGGAAUAAGUUCCUUAUGGCCAUCAAGACCUCCCACAGCCCAGUGUGCCAGGAUGUGCUGAAAUUCAUCAGCCAGUGGUGUGGAGGGCUACCCAGCACCGGCUUCUCCUUUCAGUAACUGAUAAGAGCUGAGGGGAGAGUUAGGGCCUCUCUGCAUUAAAGCUUUGUAAAUAACUGA